AUGGCUCGUGAAUUAAUCGACACAACGAAUGAGACCCCGUGUAACAUAAUGUCGGAGAAAAUGGAAAAGCCGGUCGUUUAUCCGACCGGGAUGGCGGCAGACAGGAAUUUCUCACUAAAGUUGAUCCCAGACCAGAACUUGGCCAUCAGCCACUACGGCAUAAGCACAGUUCCAGAACUGGAUUAUCUAACAGAAAACAUACGGGAAGGUUUGUGGGGACCGACCGAGAAGCCGAACCCCUCGGAGGUGUAUCGCGCAACGCUUAAAGACUUUUUGCAUAUCAAAGAAAAAUUUAACAACGAAUGGUGGAUUGGCCGGCCCGUGAAGGAGAACUCGGACGUGGGCUUCAUACCGUCACCGGCCAAGUUGGAAAUGCUGCGGACGCGCGACACCGAUGGGGAGGGCGGCGGACGGGAUGACGGCGACCAGAACGCUCGAAGCUCCUCCAAGGGUGGCGUCAGCAACGGAAAAGGCGGUCGGAAGGCCUUCUUCAAAAAGGUGAGUCUUUACAGGCAGGCAGACGGGGAUGUUUGA